GUACAAAAAAAAUUAUAAUUUAUUUAUAUAAAAAUUCAUAUAUAAAAUUUUGAAUUAAGGAUUACAUUAUGCAUAGUUAAAAUAUAGGUGUAGUAGUUGUGCAUACUCACUGGUCAGUUUGGUUAGGAUAAAAUCGAUGUUAGUCGUUAGUGAGCAGUUCUCUUGGAAUCAUGGCAGAAGUACGACUUUAUGACUCAACAAUUUGUCGGUUAUGUGCAGAAGAUAAUGGUAAUGGAGAAUUACUUUACAUGGGAGAUGGUGAUGAUCCAGAUUUAAGUUCUAUGGUCAAUCGGUACUUGCCGCUCAAGAUUCAUGAUGAUGGCAAAUUACCACGUACUAUUUGUCCUGGUUGUAAUAUUCAAUUGGAGGCUACAAUACAGUUUUUUGAAUUAUUGGUGGAUGGUCAAAGGAAAAUUCGUGAGAUGUGGAAACAUCAGGUAGAACAACAGCGUAAAGCAGAACGAGAACGUCUUCGUGCUGAAAAGGAAAACACAGAAAUUAGAUCUGAAGCAUUACAUUUAGAUAAUAUUUCAAGAUAUAAUGAAGAAGAUCAAUUUGAACAACAGAUUAUAAUAAAAAUAAUGCCAGAUGGUUCUAUGUAUGCUGUGGAUCAUGAAAUGAGUUUACAAAUGGAAGGAUUAAAUAAACCAAAACGAAAAAGAGGGCGUCCACCAAAAUCUCAAACAGAAAAUAUAUCUAUUGAAUUAACAAAAGGAGAAGUAUUAGAAGGAGUGAGUCAAGAAGAAGAAGAUAAACAUGAAGAAGAAGCAGAUGAAGUAGAUGGAGAUGGAAGACGUCGCAGAAAACGUAAGUUCCGAAAAGAGUAUGAAAUAAUUUAGAUAUAUGGAAGCAGUUCAAGGUAAAGAAUUAGAAAGAAUAUAUAAAGAAGAAGGAGUAAUUGAUGAAGAAGAUGAUGAUGAACAAGAUACUUUUGAAGAUUCUGAAGAACAAUUAAAUAUGUCAGUUCCUGAUAGUCAUGAAG